CGCGGCCUUAUCUACUUCUGCUGUCAGUUGGGGACAUUCUACACAAGUGAUCUUUUUUUAUCUUCGACAACCAACGAACUCUGUAGAGAGUUGAGUGCAUACAUGUUCAAUAGAACACCUAAUUUCACAUACAAAGUAGAUAGAGUUAACAUAGACAGCAGUUUUUGCUCUAAAGAAACCUCCCGCAGACAGUAAAAUCAAAGGAAAAUGCUUCUCCAAGCAACCAUCUCAUCAUCUCCACCUCUACAACACCCUCACCCUCACCCUCACCCUCACUCUCUCCUCUCAUUUGGGUCUCUCCAGUUCAGGCCACACAGACUCUCUCUUCAGGCCCUUUUUCAGCACUAUAGUUCACCAGAUUUGACAACUUUCAGAGUAGGCCAUGGACUGAACGUCACAGAGUUUCCUGAUUUCCAGAUACAUGGAAAGGAGUUGGCAAUCAGAUCCUAUAGCUUAACAAGUACUGAGAAAUCCUCGAGCAAUCUUUGGAAUAUUGAGGAUAAUGUGUGCAUGAAAAGAGUGAUGGUUUGGGCGUCUGUGCUCUCAUUUGGACAAAUCUCAUUGUUAACUUCUGCUCAAGUGGCACAUGCAGGAGAAAGUAUCAAACCAGAAGCAAUUUAUGAGGUUGGGGAGUUAUUUGAAUUGGGAAUCCAGCUCUCUUAUCUGCUUUUACUACUAGCUUUGCUUGGGGUUGGAACUUUCUUUGUUAUUCGUCAAGUCCUAACGCGUAGAGAGCUCGACCUUUCUGCUAAAGAAUUGCAGGAGCAAGUAAGAAGUGGUGAUGCCACUGCAACUGGGCUUUUUGAACUCGGUGCAGUAAUGCUGAGGAGAAAAUUUUACCCGGCUGCUAUUAAAUAUUUACUUCAGGCAAUUGAGAAAUGGGAUGGUGAUGUUCAAGAUCUUGCCCAGGUUUACAAUGCCCUUGGCGUUAGCUAUGUUCUUGACGGGAAGCUUGACAAGGGAAUCAAACAGUUUGAAGCUGCCGUGAAGCUUCAACCAGGUUAUGUCACAGCCUGGAACAACCUCGGUGAUGCCUAUGAAAAGAAGAAAGACCUGAAGUCAGCUCUCAAGGCAUUCGAAGAAGUUCUACUCUUUGAUCCUAACAAUAAGGUGGCAAGACCCAGAAGAGAUGCCUUGAAGGAUAAGGUACAAAUGUACAGAGGAGUUCCCAUCAAGUCUAAGGAUAGAUGAAUCUACUAGCUACUGUCAUAAGAUUAUCAAUUUUUUCUUUCUUUAUAAAUUUUGUCAUCUUAAGCAAUGCUGAACUUUUCUUCCUCUAGGAAAUUUUUGAACCUUUUCCAAAAAUUACAUGUCCAGACUCGAACAUCCUUUGCUUUUAUAUCUGGAUGACUGAAUAUAUAAUUUUCAGAAAUUGUUAUUUUU